CCUCCUAUCGAUGAAGUGCCCAAGCACAUAGAGCUCGAUUUGGAUCUGUCAGCAAUACCAUUGCCAGGACCUCCAGUGAAUGUCAAGAAAUGCGAAAUGAAGACUCCUAGCGUUUGUGAUAUUCCACUACCCCCCAUGGAUAUGGAUGCCUCAAAUAUUCCUCUACCGCCGAUGGACUUGAAGGCACCUGUUCCGGUCUCAUUGCCGCAAGUAAAACCGUUAGAAAACAGUUCAGUUCAACAGCAACCAGUUGAGGGACAGGAGACUCAUCAGGACGCCUCAUCCGGUCCAUUAAAAUUUUCACUGAAGGUAUCCUCGAAGCCACUUUCUGGGACAGAAACGCCGGGCGAAGCAUCCGGGAUCUUUGAAUCCUCGAAAGACUCCAAGACUGAGGAUCCACGUCCCAUGCCCAAACUUCAGGCGUUGAUGAAAAGGUCGAAACCAUCACAACUUCCUGUAGGUGUUCUACCAUCAAAAACAAAGCUUCCGGCCACUGAAACUAAGACCGAGUUAUUUCUACCAUCCAAAGAAACCGAGACGACAUCGGCACCUGCAGUUACAGAGACAACGAAAACCGUUCAGUCCCUAAGUAAUGUCCCGUCUUCUUUGGGUAACAAUCCUCAGAUAGGCAAUUCUUCGGAACCCAAAGAGACACCGGUUUCUAGAGAGUCUAAUUUCUCUCUGCUGCAACCACCCGUUGGUUCCCAUGCGAACUCGGUUCCCGAACCUUCGUCCCAUAGUUUUUCUUUACCUCUACCAGAGAGCAGCUCUAACUCCUUACUGGGGAUUUCUGCGCCAAUGCACCUGCCCACGCUUACCUCUGUCAAUCCGAUUUUACCACUUCCGGUAACAACCAUACCAAAUCUGAUGAGUUUGUCAGUGCAACCUGUUCAGACUUUGGUCGCAACUCCAGUGACAGCGAUAAUUCCGGAUCCGACAAUAGUUUUGCGACAACCCAAAAUGAACAUGACGAAUAUGCAAUAUGUGAACCCUCAGAAGUUGAGGUCUGCACAAAUGAUAGCAACGCCUUUGAUCGCCAAUCCGGCACUCGCUGCUCAGUCGCAUCAGACUAUAGAACAAGCAGCUAGGGAUAGUCGAAAGCGAUCUCACUCUCGUUCCCGCUCCAGUUCGCGAUCACGAUCCCGAUCCCGAAGGCGAUCGCGUUCACGGCAUCGCUCGGAUCAGCGCUACCGUGGUCAUCGACGUCAUUCUACCAGCUCUUCCGAGGGUUCGCCUAGAUACUCCGGCCGGCGUUUUCAAAGGCGUUCGCGUUCGCGCAAAAGUACGGAAGACCGACGUUCUAAGGACCGAGCUUAUUUGAGAGAUCGUGAUAGAAAUAGGCGAGAGGGUGAAAGAAGACGUGAGAGACUUUCGGAGAACGACAGAAUAACUUCUCGUGAUACGAAGCAUGACAAAGAUGGAGGAAGCAGGCGCGCCCGUUCGAGAACGCCCAAAGAUGACAAGAAGUCACGUCGUCGUUCCCGUUCAAACGGAACUCCACCGAGGGAUCGUCAAAAGAAGGAUUCAGAUACCAAACGUGAUCGUCAUGUUGAGGACCACGGCAAAGAGAAAGACAAACGCUCUCGUGAUUCGCCAAAAUCAAAAGACCGUCGUUUAGAUAAACACAGUCCUUCACGUACUGGCCGACGUUCCGAUAAUCAUCGAGCGAAAGAUGCUGAACCUCGCUCAUCACAGUCUGAUCAUAUUUCAAAGAAAACUGUCCAGAAGCGAGAGAGUUCCAAAACAGUGCCUCGGCCCAUCAAGGAUAUCUCGAAGACAAGUGAAGUUCGACAAAGUAAACCCAAACCCCAAGGUUCUAGUACAGAUUCGGAUUCUAGCGCAUCCGUGUCUCCAGUGUCCCCGAAACGUUCCAAGCAUUCAGUGCCUACGAAGCGCACCACAAAUACCAAGACUCGUAAAGAGUCUUCUGAUGAAGAUAGUCAAUCGAAUACAAGUUCCUCGAGUAUUCGAAGUGGCACAUCACCGAACCACGUGGAAUCCAAGGAUGUUUGUCAUAAAGGCGCUACCAAAGAUGAAAAUGGGACGAGAAAUACCAAAUCGCUGUCCACUCGCGAAUCUGAGUUGCUGAGCGCAUCUCUGCAAUCAAAGAAUGCAGGCAUAGGCUCAAGUUCUGAGAUUGGUUCGCUACCGGUUACUCCUGAUGAGCAUGGAUCUGGAGUUAUCCUGUCCGCACCGAGUGAGUCCGAUUCUAUGGAAAUCUCAUCCGACUCCGAACUACCUGGUGCCAAAACCACAACAAGCUCCGCUAACGACCGCUAUCUCGACAUCGAUCCGUGUCUCCAAGUUCUUUGCACACCCUCGGAAUCCGCUCCAGGAAGUCCGCUGAGUGGAGCUGCUCACAACAAUGAGACCGUUUUGGAUGUUAAGGAACUUACCUCUACUGUAGCUUUGGGUUCCAGCCCCAUAGCUUUACCUCAGUCCGAAUGUAUCACUGAUACCAAACUGUCUUCUGGACCUGUUCAACAUUCUGGUGAGCUUGCACGUGAUGAGCCAAAGUACGACUUGCGUGAGCGCAAAGCUAAGCGCCCGAAGGAUCCUGCAAUGCAUUCGGAAGGCUGUUUGACACCAAUACAACCUAACUGGUUCCGUACCAAUAUUCCCACGGAAAAAGUUUUCGAGGCUUUCGUGGAUGCACCUAAGCCGAAGUAUGUGCAUAUCAUGGAUAACGAUUAUAGUUCUGUGGACGUGACAGACACCUCUUUUGCCACUUCGAGGGAAAACGGUUUGCCCCCAGCAGUCCUUUUGGGCUCUGCAGGUGUCACCACUAGCGUAACUCACAGUGAAAUGCGAAGAUGGGUUUGUGACUGCUCUCCACCAACGGCAGAAGAACUGGAAAUGGGCCUUUUUUCCUGCGGUCCCGGUUGCAUCAAUCGCGCUCUCAAUGUUGAAUGUGGAUCACUGUGUCCCGCUGGUAGAUUCUGCAGCAACCGUCAAUUCAAAGAGAGGUUCUACGCACCUACUGAGCCAUUUUAUUCGGGACCAGGCAAAGGCUGGGGUUUGAGAGCAACGGAAGACAUUCCACGAAACUCGUUCAUCAUUGAAUAUGUUGGAGAAGUGAUUAACUUUGCGGAAUUUCGAAGACGUGUUCGCCGGUAUGAAAAGUUGGGACAUGCGCACCACUAUUUCAUGGCACUGGAGUCUGAUCGGUUUAUCGAUGCGGGAACAAAGGGGAAUUGGGCCAGAUUUGUGAAUCACUCCUGUGAACCAAAUUGUGCCACACAAAAGGUAUUGCUUCUGGGUUAUACUGCCAUAAUCUAUCGAUUUAAUUUCAGUGGAGUGUCGACGGUCGAAUUCGAGUGGGCUUCUUCUCUCUCGAGGAUAUAA